AUGGCUGGAAAGCGUCGCCGAAAUUCGAACGGAGAAGAUGAGACGGUCCAUGAUACGACCCAUCCCUCUCGCAAGCGACGUGUUGAAUUUGGUGUGGUCGACGCUAAAUUGGCUGCUCUCUACAACGAUUUAUCCGAAGAUGUAAAAGCAACCAGAUUGAGGGCUGCCGCAGACCUGAUACGCACCCUUGCCGACGCGGAUCAAGAAGCCCUGGACAAGUCCCUGACUAGACUGAUCAGAGGUCUUUGCAGCAGCCGUAAAUCCGCGAGAUCUGGAUUUUCUGUGGCUUUGAUAGAGAUAUUGAAGUUGACAUCCAAAUCUCCGGCCACGGGUGUUGAGGGUGUGGACUUGACUCUUCCGGCUAUCAUUGACAAGAUUGUCUCAAUCACGCAGCCCGAAGAGACGAGCAACAACAAGGAAAGAAGAGAUCAUCUUACAGGUCGCUGCUUUGGUUUCAAGUCUCUCAUUCAGAGUCAACUUCUCUUUGCAAAGGGUGUUUCUGUAGCUCAAUGGGAAAAGGUUCUUGAUCACAUCUUCAAGCUUGCCACAGAGACUACCUGGUUGCGAAGAGAAUGCGGCGUGACUCUCUACGAGACAUUGGCUACACUAACUCAAAUCAAAGACCUUGACCUUGAUUAUGUCAAUUUGCUUGUACAGAGACUUGAGCCCUUCAAGCUCAGUAAGACCCCUGAAGGUCUUGCCAUCUGGCUGACCGCGUCCACACUGUUCCCUGAUGCCAAGCUACCCAAGGGAGUAUGGAACCACAACGACCCUCUUUCGUCGAAAGACAGAGGCACCGUGGCGAAGAUUCUUCGUGAUAAUGGUGCUCAAACCGAGGAUGGCUCUGCAGGCAACAGCACCGGAGCCGCGCAAAGCUCGCCUUCGUUUGCCUGGUCCAUCAUUCUCGCUCACCUCUACAAACGCCACAAGCCUAGCAAGAAGUCAGAUGAGAAGGUUUCCGACUUUGAGAAAUUCUGGCUUGAAGCUGUAGACCAGGGACUGUUUGCCGCAUCUGCCAGUACCGAACGCAAGUCUUUGGGUCUUCAGGUCGUCUCUAUGGGAAUCUCAACCGCACCCGUUCAGCUGCUCCAUGCUGUUUUCAGCCCAAACGCUAUGCGCUGCAUUAUCAACCAACGUGCCGGACAAGACCGAUACCUUCACGAAGCAGCCAAGGGUCCACUUGCACAAAUGGUCACUCGCUCAAAGUCUGAUCAAGAGAGUAUCCCAGUGAUGCUGAAGUGUUUGUUAUCAGGCAACGGCGCUGUGGAUUUCGACCGUUUGACAAAGUCCAAAACGGCCGAAGACCUCUUCGCUCGUGCAAAGGACGAGAGCGCAGCUGACGCUCUGACCAUUCUGCAACAGCUCUCAGCUAAGCCCAAUGCCGAGGAUCAACCGCAGGCUGAUACCAGGCGCCGUCUCCUUGCUGAUAUGAUGCUGAACAUGGCUCGCAAGCAACAAGCUGAGGAAGGUAAGGAUAACGAGAAUAUUGCUUCUCUUGUCUUGUCUAUGGUGCCCUUCGGCUAUGCCGACGCCACUGCUGGUGCUCUCAAAGCAUCCCCUCCGUUGUCCGAAGCGAGCCAAGAGAUGUUCCGCUCGCGUCUUAUGUCCUGUCUUAACCACAUUUUGUCCGCUCGUAUGGACACAGAAUUCACAAUCCUCGAGAAGGUUGUCGAAGAGGUCAAGGCGACCGAUGCUGCCUCCAAGACCGGUCUGCGAACCAAGGCCGACCAAGAGAUUAUGGAGAAUCUGGAAAAGGUCCACAAGACCUUGAAAGCUUUGAAGAAGCUCGAGCAAAAGCAGAAGGACAGCAAGAAAGCACCUCUACGUGCUUUCAAGGCUUUGUAUGCCCUGUCCAUCUUACUUGUCUACAAUGGUGAGGCCGAUGUCGUCCCUGUAUUGGAAGACCUGGAGCUGUGCUACCAGUCGUGGAAAAAGAGUGAAGAUGCCUCUGUCAUGCUUGUUGAGAUCCUACUCAGCUUCAUUUCAAAGCCUUCUGCUGUCUACCGCAAAAUCGCCCAGCAAGUAUUCGAAGCAUUUUCUUCCCAGCUUGAUGCUGAAGGCUUGCAAUCAAUGCUUGACAUUCUUGACAAGUCAGAGAACCUCAGCGGUCAGCAAGAGCUAUUCGAGCAAGCCGACGACGCCGAGGAAGAGGGUGAGUCAGGAUCCGAUGAGGAUGCUUCUGACGUAGAGAUGAUCGAUGGCGAGGACGACAGCGACGUUGAGGUUGACAGCGAUGUUGAAGUCGUUGAAGAUGCCGAGUCUGGCGCCUCUGAUGACGAGUCGGAUGAUGAAGCUGAUGCUGAAGAUGCUGAUCUCGAAGACUUUGAGAACAAACUUGCACUUGCACUGAAGACACAGAAGCCUACAGAGGACGACUCGGACUUUGACGAGUCCGAUAUGGACGACGAGCAAAUGAUGGCUCUAGAGGGUCAUCUCACAACCAUCUUCACAGAGCGCAAGAAGAACACGAGCAACAAGAAGAAGGACAACAAGGACGCCAAAGAGAACAUUGUCAACUUCAAGAACCGUGUUCUCGACCUUCUAACUAUCUUUGCUAAACAGGAACACACCAACAGACUGACUCUGGAUCUGGUUCUACCGAUGAUUACGCUGAUCAGAACGACCACCAGCAAGCAGAUCUCGGAUAAGGCUUUCGGCUUGUUGCAACAAUUCUUCGGAGCUUGCAACAAGACAAAGGAGUUCCCCGAAGCCGACGAAGCAUCCGAAGUUCUCGCCCUGCUCAAGUCGGUCCACGAAGAAAUCCGAGCCAACGCUUCAAAGUUGCACAGCAACGCCUGCAGUCGUUCGAGUCUGUUCCUCGCUAAGAUUUUGGUCAAUCUGGACGCUAAGCAUUACUCGGAUGUUGCCGACUGUUACAGCAACCUCCAGAAGGAAUGGUACACCGACCCGAAGUCGCAAAUCCAACCCAGUGUUUUUACCGAAUGGACCUCGUGGAGCAUCACCACAAAGAAGCACAACAACUGA